GUUGGUUUGCUGUGUCUACAAGCUCUAAUUCCACUAGAAGGCAGCCCAGCGCAUGGACAUUCGGCAUACAAGGCUUCUUUGCAGCACCAUUCUUUCGCCGUGCCGCUGGAGUAUUCAAUGCUGCUUGGUGACUGGUUGCUAAGCGGCGCCAGCCAAGGUUUUGCUUGGAACAAGCAGCCGCUUCAGACCAACAAUUUCGAGGCCAGCUUUUCAUUUCGUGCUUCUGGAGCUGGAGAUCCUUCGAAGGUUGUGGAUGACCAAAGCUUUGCUUUCUGGUUUGUCCGGCAGAACAUAUCUGGUGAUUUCAACGAAUCUGCUGCCAUCCGUGCCCCUUCUUGGUCGGAGGGUCUGAAGGAGCAGGGUUACACUUUGACAGGCUCCAAGGCGCUUUUUGAAGGCAUCGGAGCUGUGUUUUCGACUGCAAACCUCGCAAAGAAGCCAGGGUCUGUUGUGUCGUUCAUCAGCAACGACAAUCAUCAAAGCCUGGGGUACGGCAUCGACGUGCCCACAAGCAAUGCCAAGGCAAUCGAUUUCAGGAACAAGGAUGUCGAGUUCAAGAUUCGGGUGAAGCCCGUCUCAGUGCAGGGCCAGAUCACUGUUGAUGGCAAAACCGAAGAAUGCUUCAACGUAGAUCGAAAGAACUUUCCUGUGAAGGCAGGCGGCUACAUCGGCUUUACUGCUUGGAGCGGUUCAACAGAAGUCACCAAAUCUCCAGAUGGCGUGUCACUGACAAAGGUGCAGGUGGUGAACUUCGAUGACCAGGCAGUCGGUGAAGAUAUCAUGGGGACCAGUGCCAAGGAUAAGAUUGCGUACGAAGCGUUGAUGUCAGAGGAUUCGAGAUACUUCCAGGACCAGCAGGCACAGACUGAGCACAUCGGAAGAAUAACAUCAAUGUUGUCUGCACAUCUCAAUGAGACGAAGCCGACAUACGAUGUAAUGGCCUUCCAGGUCUCAAGCCUUAUGGAGUCCCUCAACAAGUUGGACCGUGACUGCCGUCUCCUCACGAAAGAGAUGCAGGUCCUGGCUGCAGAUCCGAAGAGCGCGAAGACACCAAAGAAGGCGACAAAUUUGCAGGAGAUGAAGGUCCACAUUAUGGGCCUCCGCAGGCUACUGGACAAGGAGGGGGCAGCUCACAUGCACAAGCUCGAGGCCGUGCAGAAGAAUCUAAACGAAGUCAAGCAGCAAGCCGACAAGGCCGCUGGGUCGUCGAUCUCCAAGAUCGUCGACCAAACCUCUGUGCUUGAGAAGAGCGUUGUGUCCAGAAGUUCGCAGAUGUCUUGGAUGUUGGUGGUUCUUCUAGUGGCCACGGUGACAAUUGGAGUGCUGAUGUGGAACAGGAUGAGAUACUACGAGAAGAAGCACUUCAUUUGGCCCUUCCAUGGUCAUCAUGUCGGUCUCGAUCUGACGGAUGUGGAAACAGCGCCGCAAGCUGUGGACAAGCAGACCUUGGCAGCUCUUCCCGACUGCCAAAGUGCGGAUCCUCCCUCCAUGCCAGCCCAGUGCAAGGCUUUGCAGAGGCUCACGUAG